AUGCAGGGCCUCCGUUUCGUCCCGCGUCAGGACCAGCGUGUGGACCUCUGGAGGAAGCAGUCCCGGCUGGUGGACGGGACGAAACUGAGGCCCUUGUCAAGGAGGGAGCGCUGCGAGGAGGAUGGCCUCUGCGUGGAGAAAUUUGGCCCCCGGGUAGCUGUCAAUCUGGAGGUCCGGGUGACGGGUGGGUGGAAGGCGACUGAUGUUGGAGUCACCGAUCACCAGGACCUUCCUGCCGACAGACAGAAAACAAUUGGCACCAACUUGGUGACAAGCCCGGAAGAGGCGUCUCCGGGCGGGGCGCGUCCGGUAGGGGAGCGUCCGGAAGAGGCGUGUCCGGGAGGGACGCGUCCGGGAGAGGCGUGUCUGGGAAGGGUGAGUCCGGGAUGGGCGCGUCCAGGAGGGGCGCGUCCGGAAGAUGAGUGUCCGAGAGGGGCGCGUCCGGGAGAGGCGUGUCCGGGGGGGAUGCGUCCGGGAUGGGCGCGUCCAGGAGGGGUUCUUGCGACAGGUCAGGGUAGAGUAUGUACCAGGGUGGAGGCGUGUCAGGGGAAGACCGUUCCGACGCAGGUAACCCCUGCUUCUCAGGUAAGUGUUGGUCAGUCUCUGGCUGGCCAGGAGUCCCCCGCACAUUCUGCUCCCCAUGUACCAAAACCGACGUACUGUGCUCAACAGGUGGAACUGAGCGAGGUGGCGUAUCGGAGACCGCAGGAAGGACCCCAGUGUCAGUCCCGACCCGUGGUCGCGGCCCCAGUGGCCGGACCAAGGGAGCCUCGACGAUAGCGUCGUCGGCCGGUCUGCUGCAAGGCCUGCGAGGUCGUGCCGCUCUCUGGGCCGUAGAUGGUUCGGCAGCCGGAGAGGAAGGCGAUAAGACCGGGAAGGGGACAGGAGUCACCUGUCCCCGCGGGCCCAAAUCCUGCUCUACUUCAGGGGACCACUCACCGCCGACGGGGUCGGUCAUGGUGGCCACCGUGGCGUGCGCAGCGGCAGGUGGUAUCAGGACCGGCGGGGGCAGUGUGGGGUGCACCACCUCCAUGACCACACGGUUGUCCAACGAGACCGAGCCCCUUCGAGACCCGGCCCGUCGGAGCCGCGCAGGGCGCACCACCUCCUCAACGGCACGGGUGUCCACCCAGACCGAGUCCACUUGAGACUCGGCCUGCCGGAGCGUGUCGGCCGUCAGCCUGCGCCCCAAGUGUGCCUUGGCCCACGCCUUGGCCACCUGGAAUGGGGCUUUCCAGUUCUGUGCAAUAAAACCCCCCAGUUUAUCCACUUCUAA